AUGGCGGCUCCCUGUGUGUUCUGCGGUACUGCAUUUUCCUACCGAUUCUUUCUGGGAGGUAGGGUUACUCUUGCCCAGAGGCAAGGCAUCUGGAAAGCAGCGGCUUCUGAGUUGCAGAAAACUACCAUAUCCCAGAUAUUAAGGCUAAAACACAUCACAGUUGUAACAACAAAGAAAAAUGUUGCAGCCUCAAGACGUGAAACAUACACUGCAGAUUUUAUUAAAAAGCAGAUUGAAGAGUUCAACAUAGGAAAGAGACAUUUAGCCAACAUGAUGGGAGAAGAUCCAGAAAAUUUUACCCAAGAGGACAUUGAUAGAGCUAUUGUUUACCUGUUUCCAAGUGGUUUGUUUGAGAAGCGAGCCCGGCCAAUAAUGAAGCAUCCUGACUACAUUUUUCCAAAACAAAGAGCAAUCCAGUGGGGAGAGGAUGGCCGUCCAUUUCAUUUUCUCUUUUAUACUGGCAAACAAUCAUAUUAUUCAUUAAUGCAUGAAGCAUAUGGAAAGCUACUAGAUAUAGAAAAACGUCAAAACCAGUUGGAAGCCAAAGGUCCAGUUUUGGAAAAAACUGAAACCAAAGACCUGAUUGGCAGCAGAUGGCUGAUUAAGGAGGAACUAGAAGAAAUGUUAGUGGAAAAACUGUCAGAUCAAGAUUAUACACAGUUCAUUCGGCUGCUAGAAAGGUUUUUGACAUUGCAGUGUGGUACUGCUGAAGAAGAAUUUGUGCACAGGUUUCGCAGAAGUGUAACUAUUCAAUCAAAAAAACAGCUGAUUGAACCUUUGCAGUAUGACGAACAAGGAAUGGCCUUCAGCACGAGUGAAGGUAAAAGAAAGAGUGCAAAAGCAGAAGCAGUCGUUUAUGAACGUGGAAGUGGGAAAAUAAAAGUAAAUGGAGUUGAUUAUUUGCUUUACUUCCCAGUGACACAGGACAGAGAACAGUUGAUGUUCCCUUUUCACUUCCUUGACCGGCUUGGAAAACAUGAUGUGACCUGCACAGUCUCGGGGGGCGGGAGAUCAGCACAGGCUGGAGCAAUACGCUUGGCAACUGCAAAAGCCUUAUGCAGUUUCGUCUCGGAGGACGAGGUCGAGUGGAUGAGACAAGCUGGACUUCUUACCACUGAUCCACGUGUCAGAGAACGGAAGAAGCCAGGCCAAGAGGGAGCCCGCAGAAAGUUUACUUGGAAGAAGCGCUGA